AUGGACAUUAACAGCAAGAAAAAAAGUAUUUACUGCUACAAUGAUCGGAGCCAAAACAACUGCAGUGGGAGAAGUUCCCAAGAAAGCAUUUCAAGUUUGGGGGACUAUUUAAGUAAUAAUCAAAAUAGUAAUGCAGGGAAAAUAAAUUUCAUGAAAAACUACUUUUGGUUUUUUCAAAGGAAUAAUAAUUCUAAAAAGAAUUCUCAUGAUUCCAUUUUUUACGAAAUUAAAAGUUCUGAUGGAAAUAAAGCUAGUAAUCAUCAGUUAGAUGCAGACAGCGAACAUGUAAUGGAUAACCCGGAUGGGAAUAGUAACAAUUGUGCAGAUUCCAAAGGGAACUCACUUGGGAAAAUAAAUGAAGAAGACAAUGGAGUAUCCUCCAUGAAGUCCUUUUAUUCGAUUUACGAUUACACGGACGAGAGUGACUACAACACGUUGAGGGAGAAUGAGCGAGAUGACUUGUUCUAUCAGCAGAAGACCUUUGAACCAGUCGCCAAUGACAGGUGCCCCGAGAGGGAGUGCGCGCGGAACUACAUGCAUAUAUACGACACGGACAGUUCGCGCAGCGAUAAAAGCAGCGAUAAAAGCAGCGAUAAAAACAGCGACAAAAACAGCGAUCGCGGCAACGAUGACGGCAUGUACGGAAGCAACGAUGGGAACAGCGAUGCGAACAGCGAUGACAACAGCGAUGGAAGCAACGAGAGCAGCGCGGAUGACACGAGCGGGGGGAAACCUCAGGGCGGACGACACAAAACACUCCCUACACAAACAGGACGAGGCCAGACCAAACAGGGGCCCCAAAAGCGAGAUAAGAAAAAAAGAGCAAAACGGACACCCCAGAAAAAAAUGGAAGACCAAGUAAACAGCUACAAAAUAAAAAAAGGAAAAACAAAAAUACAGUACGUCGGAAUAUCAGCCAUCCUGAAAAAAUAUAUAUACAUUACAAAGAACGAAAAAAUAUUAUUUUUUAAAAAAAAAUUAAAUAAAAAGAAAAUCCUUAUGAGGAGCAAAAUUAAGAAAAGGUUCAACCGCUGUAGGACAUUUUACUAUUUACAGAGGAAGCAAAAAAAUGCAGUUGGGAGGAAAAAAAAAAAAAUGAACAAGUGCCAUUUUUUCAGAUACUUAUACUACUGUAUGCUGAAGAAGAAGCUGCAGACCUUUUACAGGUCGAGAAAAUUGAAAAGGCUAAUGAAGUAUGUGUCAAGUCAGGGUUGGAGGCGAUCUUACAUGAGUCAGUUUGGGAGGGGCAGUUCCAACGACGCGCUAAGGGGUGCAACCCUGGAGGAGAAGCGCGCAAAAGAGCGUGCAGAUGUAGGCGCGGAUGUAGGCGCAGAUGUAGACGCAGAUGAAGGCGCAGAUGAAGGCGCAGGUGUAGACGCAGAUGUAGACGCAGAUGAAGGCGCAGGUGUAGAGGCAGACGUGAACGCACACGCAGGGGAAAACACUUCUAACCCCUUUACGGAGACCCCUUCCCAUAGCGACACCAACAAGGCGGAAGGAUUUGUUUCUGUUCGCAGCUGCCCCAAGAGCCCCCGCCGGGAUGGGCAAGGUUCGUCUAUGUACCGGCUCAGCAGCGGGAGCAGCACUCCAAACUCGGAAGGGCAGCAAUUGAAAUACAAAAAGAAAGACACAGCAUAUGCAGACGUGGAGAGCUACUCCGAUGUGUGCAUGGACAACUCUCUGGAAAACAAAACGGGGUAUCACAAAAUGGAAAGGGGAGCAAAGGAGGGAGAGGAAGCAAAGGAGGGAAAUGAAGCAAAGGAGGGAAAUGAAGAAAAUCACCACCACGUAGCAAUCAAACAAAGCCACACCUGUGAUCAUCUGCAAAAUGGAAUAAAAAACAUGCCAACGUAUGACUGCUAUAAAAAUGAGGAGGAAGAAAUUUCAAUCUGUGCCAACUGCAAAGAUGUAUAUAUCGAUUAUGUAAAAAAUCAAAGAGAGGAAAAUAAAAAAAAUAAUUAUAUGCUCUCGGAGGAUAUAAUAAGCUUAAAAGAUAUUUUCCUAUCGAUAAAGGAAGAACACAUUCCCGGUGUUCAUCCGGAAGAGGAGAUGAACGACGUGAUUGAUUUGGUCAAAUGCAAAAACAGACACAGUGAUGUUGGAAGGAGUUCAUACGGUAGUGAUUACCAACAGGAGAGCUUCAAAAUGGAUUUCAGUAUAGACAGGGAGGUACACUCCUCAGGAGAAAUGAUCCCAUGUGGUGGCAACCAAAAUUUCAGUAGCGAAAUUGUUGGUGGCACCUCCAAUGAGAGUAUUGAAAAGGCAAGUGUUCGUUACAGUCAAGGAGAGUGCGCUGGGAAGACAGACAGUGAGUCGUCAUUGGAUGGGAUUAUUAAAAAUUGCUGUGGGUUCAACGAGGAGGGUAGUAGUAUGAAGAGGAUAGAAAGUAAAGAAAUGGGGAGUGAGUUCAGCGGGGAGGAAGAUAUUGUUAAGGUUAAGGGGAGUAGCGAAAGUUGCAGUAGUCCCAGUGAGGAGGAAGCAAUAGAAAAAAUGGAGGAAGAAAGGCACGAAAGUUGCAGUGGUUCUAGUGAAGAGGAAGCAGUAGCAAAAAUGGAGGAAGAAAGGCACGAAAGCUGCAGUGGUCCCAGUGAAGGGGAAGCCAUUUCGAGCAGGAACACACGCAGCGAAAGUUGCAGUGACUUGUACAAAGGGGAAGACGCAAGCGGAAGCAACAGGAGCAGAAAUAUUUCCCUCAGCAGCAGCAGUAAGGAAAGCUACGACGUCAGCAUAGGGUACAUCGAAUCCUCCUUUAUGGAGGAAAUACGCGGAGGGAGAAGGGAUCACGCGGAAGGUAGCAAAGGAGGUAGCCAGGAAGGUAGCCACGAAGGUAGCCACGAAGGUAUCCACGAAGGUAGCCACGAAGGUAGCAACGAAGGCAGCAACGAAGGCAGCAACGAAGGCAGCAACGAAGGCAUCCACGAAAACGAUAGCAGCGGCUCCAAUUAUAGCCUCAGUAUAUGCCAAAUUCGAUCGCGGACAAACAGCCAAAGUGACACUGGGGAGGAUGGACCAAGUGACGCUUCAGUCAGCGCAGAAAAGUGCGACCAACGUGAAGAAAAGAAAAAGGAAUCCCAUUCGGACGAUGCAAUUAACAAGGAAUGUUUUAUUGGCACGAUAAAUUUGGGGAGAGAGGAAAAUGUGCACUUGGAAAGGCAUCUCCACGUGGGAAAGGAGUUGCAAAAUGGGGGAAGCGACUCACUAGAAGAGCAGGAAGUAGAAAUGGAGGAAGAAGAGGGAGAAGAAGACGUAGAAAAAGUGGAAGAGGAAGUAGAAGUGGAGGAAGAGGAGGAAGAUGAAAUAGAAAAAGUGGAGGAAGAGGAAGUAGCAAAAGUGGAAGAAGAGGAAGAGGAAGAGGAAGAAGAAGAAGAAGAGGAAGAAGUGGAGGAAGAAGAAGAGGAAGAAGAAGAAGAAGAGGAAGAAGUGGAGGAAGAAGAAGAGGAGGAAGACAAUGAUGAGGAUGACGCAGAAAAAAUGGAAGAAAAAGUGGAAGAGGAAGAAGUAGAUGCAGAACCACGCGAUACGCGCAAAGUUGUUAACUCCGAGGAGGAAAUUCAAAACAAUAUGGAAAUGGAAAUAAGAAAAAGCAUCGAAGAAAUAUUCAAGACGGUUAUCGACAAUGACAUUCUCACGGUGGGUUCCGAGACUAAAAAGUUCGAUGCGUUCUGGGAUGCGGGGGGGGAAAUAGGAGACGAGGAGGACAUACUUAAAGAGGAGAUGGCUGACGAGGUGGAUGGCAAGUCAGAUAACCAGCAUGGGGAUACGGAAAAUGAGGAACAUGGAGAAUCGAGUGAAGAGAAAGUGGUCGAAAAGGAGGAACCGAGUGAAGAGAAAGUGGUCGAAAAGGAGGAACCGAGUGAAGAGAGACUGCUCGAAAAGGAGGAACCCAGUGAAACGGCAAAUGACGAAGAGGAUGAAGAGGACGAAGAGGACGAAGAGGAAAAAGACGAACCUGGACAAGCGGAAAUUGGCGAAUUGGAGGAGGUGGUACAAAGGGAACCGGCGUACGCGGAAAACCAAGCACUAGAUGAUAACGCCAACGAGGUGGUAGGUGACGUGGUAGAUGAGGUGGAAGCCGACGAGACAGUAGCGGAAGACCUAGUAGCGGAGGACCUAGUAGUAGACGACUCAGCAGAGGAGGAACUACCCGAGGAGCACGGCGACAAAGUGCUUCUGAGAAAAAAUGCCUUCUCCUUCAACACGUACAAGAACAGAGAACUCCGCCACGGGUUCAAAAUGGAAUCACUUAGCAACUUCUUCCACUCGUUCGAGGGCGUGAAUAGUGAAUACGCGGACACGGGCACAGAGGAGGAAGAAACGAAGAAGGGAAAUCAACAACAGAGAGGGAAGCAAAAAGGAGCGAAAAAAGGAGCGAAAAAAGGGACUAAAAAAGGGGCUAAAAAAGGAGCUAAAAAAGGAGCUAAAAAAGGGACUAAAAAAGGGGCUAAAAAAGGGGCGAUAAAAAAAACGUCCAAACGAGAGCAAACCCCAACGAGCACGCAAAGCAUGCAAAACGAGUCAGACGCAGAAGCAGACUUCAAACUGAACGUGCAGACCUCGGUAGAGGCCCACCAACUGUACUCACAUCUGCAGAACCGUAUCAUGAAGGAUUUUAAAAGGGGUUGUCUGAAGAAAAUGAAAAAAAUGUUUAACAAGAAGUACAAGAAAAUGGAAAAGGACAUUUCGGACAACAUCAAAACGAUCGUGCACAACUUUAGCAAUCGAGAUGAAGCCCUCGAGGGGGUAAUUCAGUCUGUCGCUGACCCUGACGCUGACUCUGAUGCUGACUCUGACGCUGACCCCGACGCUGACUCUGAGCCUGACCUUGGCCCUAACCCUAAUCCUGACACUAACGUGAAGAGAUCGCGAAGGAAGGCUCGAAAGAAACCUCGGAAGAAGCCUCCAAAGAAGGGCAGGAAGAACCCCCUAACGAAUGUACACACCGAUGGGCAUUGGGCGCAAAGGGGCACAGACCUUGGAGCGAAGGAAGAGACAGCGCUGUCCGUAGAGAGUUCUGUCUGUGGCUCUCCUAGCUGCUCCAUCGUCACGGAUAAAAAAGGUGUUGAUAUUGGCGAAGCAAACAGGGGUAGGCACAUACGGCAUGCAGUUUUAAAUGAGAACGAUCGAAUGGACAGCUCAACCGGAGAAGUGUUUAGGGGCGGCGAGGCGCAGGUGGGAACCCCCAAACAGGACAUCUGUGGUAGCCAAGAUGGCUUGCGUCUAACGCAUUCGAAGGAGAAGCAGGAAUGUCAGCAGAGACAGCAGGAUUUGCAGACAAAGCAGGGUCUGCAGACAACGCAGGAUCUGCAACCUGUGGAGGAGACAACUGAGCAGACGGAGCAGGCCAAUCAACAAACUGUGCACGCUCCUCAGGGGAGUAAAAACAACCGCCUAUCGCUCAAAUGUAGAGAUGAAUCGUUCGAACGGGAAGACCAUCCCGGGUACGCACAGCGUGAAAGUAACCAACUGCAGCUGGACGUUUCAACCACCAAUGGCUCCAUGGACCGGGCGAAAAACUAUUUCCUGCAAAAAUUAAAAUGCGAAAAAAUAUGUCUAGUAACGAACAAACUAGGCAGCAAAAGCAAAUUAUUUAAUCAGAUAAACAGCAUGACGAAAAAAUGUAUCGCAGAUGUUCUCAUCCAGAAGAUGAACAGCCUUCGUAGGGGUAAAACAGUAUGGGAUGCUACCACAAUGGAGAGAAAAACACCCAUAGGAAGUAAUCCCCUUAGUGAGAUCAAAUUAGAUGGUAAGCAUACGAUGCUACUUCUUCACAAGGAUAGCAACAAGAAAGCAACACAUCAGUCAGAUAAGGUAGAGGAGAAUAACCCAAAUAAUUAUUCACUUGAGAGGUAUGAAGCAAGACUAAAAGGGGAAGACAACACACAAUUGCGAAUGGAUAAAAAAUUCAAGGAGCUCCAUUUCUUUAGCAAUUACAACGAAAGGAAAUUAGACUCGUGUCAGCAGAAACUGAAACGGGUGGCCUUCCUAAACUACGUGAAACAUAAGUUAAGCAAAUCGAAGAGGAGUGAAAAACGUUUGAGUACCAAACAGGUGUUGAAAUGUUAUCGCCCAUGUAGAGGAGGCAUGGUACCACAUGUGUAUUUUCCGGGAGGGCACCCUAAUAAAAGCAGCAUCAUUACUCAUGGGAGAAUUAACAACGUACAAGGUGUUAAUCAUGCUUAUUGUCUCAAACAGGGGGAUGCCUAUCAGAAGAAGGGGCCUUAUAAAGAACAAGCAGAUGGAAAUUUUGUCCACUUAUAUUUCCCUCACUAUGCAAAUAGCAACAGGAGUAGGAUUCCGAAGAGCCUGUGGAUUACCCCAAAUGCAAUUUUAAAAGGUAAUCAUAACAACGUCCCAUGCAUGGUGCAGAAGUGCCCUGAUGGGAAACUCGUCCCCUAUAUAGUGAACCAGCAGAAUGGGCAACAGGUACUUGCACAGUGGGACUACUAUCCCUUUGAAGGGGGAAGCAGUCCCGACAUAACUUCCAAUAAGAUAAAUAAUCACCACAUUUGCCUCCGCAAAAAGGAUGGUACUCGUUUGAAUGGUUACUACGUUCACUCGGGUGACUCACUCGGGGGUGCUCCGUCAAACGAGUGGGACUACCACUUCGAAUUCCUUCAGAACAAAUUCCAAUGCAAAGGUGUAAGUGGGGAAUUUCCCAACGGGAAGGUCAAGAUGCUCGUCAAUAAAAAUAAUCACAUGAUCAACAAGUAUAGGAGGGAGGACACAUCCGGACACGCCUUCUCCCGAGACCAACGGCGCGCACACCUCGGCGAAGCUUCCUUGCGCGAAUAG